AUGCCCUUAGCAGGCUGCGGGAUUCGAACUCGCGACCACUGGCACAGCAAUCGUUCUGGAGUCUCGCUUCGAUUCUCCUUCGAGUUGGUGGAUUCUGAAGCCGUGGUCACACCUGUUUUGGAACAAGUGAUAGGACGGACGGUUCGAUCGUUACGAACAGAGUACGCGUGCGCCACGGAGCCCGAGCCAUCGUCGGCAGUCGCACGCGAGCGGGCAAGACACUCACCCGCCCGGACACGGCCCAACACCGCAUAUAAAAAGAUCCGAGACGCGCAUGCGAAUAUCGAUCGCACUCGAAAUGGUACCCUAUCUAGGUUAACCGGC